ACAACAUCUAAAUCCCCGCCAGCGUGGCGAUCCGCUCCUUCAACUGCCAGCCAAUCACACUCCAUUUACGAUUUCCUAUAUAAAUAUACACAGUUUCAACAUCGCACUCAAAAGACUAGGGUUUCGUUGUCAAUCACCAUUUGCGCAGCCGGAAAAUGAGCUCCAACGCGUCGACGAAAGGCGGCAGGGGCAAGCCCAAGUCUUCUAAAUCCGUUUCCCGAUCGUCCAAGGCCGGACUGCAAUUCCCGGUCGGGAGAAUCGCGCGUUUUCUGAAGACUGGAAAGUACGCCGAGCGUGUCGGCGCCGGCGCUCCUGUUUACCUUUCCGCCGUCCUCGAAUACUUGGCGGCUGAGGUAUUGGAGCUUGCGGGGAAUGCAGCAAGGGACAACAAGAAGAAUAGGAUUGUACCCAGGCACAUACAAUUAGCAGUGAGGAAUGAUGAAGAAUUGAGCAAGUUGCUGGGCCAUGUGACAAUUGCAAAUGGUGGUGUGUUGCCAAAUAUUCACCAGACAUUGUUGCCCAAGAAAACUGGGGGUAAGGGGGACAAAGAAAUUGGGUCUGCAUCACAAGAGUUUUAGGCCUUUUGAUAUGUAAGGAAACUGGUGGUAAUUGGCUCUGCAUCACAAGAGUUCUAGGCCUUUUGCAAUCAUUUGAUGGGAUAUGAUGAAAACUUUUUAAUUGAACCUCAGUUAUGAGUUGAGUAUGAAUAUAAUAUAUAGUGGCAUGUUUGUGUUAUUAAUUUAUGAAGGUUUCAACAGUGUUGAGACUGUGACUGGUUCGGGUGAGUUGUUUGGAUGGAGUAGCAAGGGACCUAAUGAAAACCUAAUCGAUUGGUUUCAACCCGGUUGAUCUCGGUAUUUAUAUGGUUGCAGAGAAAAAAAUAAAAUAAAUAGAAAUAAUCUAACUUACGCUUAAAAUGUUUGUUUUGCUUUGUUGUUUUAUUCUAUUUUUUAAUUAUUCCAUGAAUUAUAAUUGAAUAUUUUC